GCGAUACUUCGAUUCUCGCGAGAUUUUCAACGCUUCCUCCUGGUUCGAGAGCGGCUUCCUGUACAGGAUUUUUUCUUCUUCUGCACAUUUAAAAAAAAAAAAAAAAAAAAAAGGGUUUGGACGGAAUUUUGAGCACAAGGAUCUUCUUCAGGAGGACACACCUUGAGAUCAUUUAAUGCCGCGCUCAUUUGUGGAGAAAUAAACCCCAGGGAUCAGAUGUGCUAAAGGCCUAAAAGCUGUCAUCUAUCCGAAGACGGUUCCUAGAAGGAGUUUGGGCCGUGCCGAGUCACAGCCUCCUGUCUCAACUGGGAGAACUUCGGAGAAGAUCACAGCCAUGAUUUGGUCUCACACCUCGUUCCAGCUUGUACACUAGACCUUUUUUGUUUGUUUUGCUGUCCAAUGCUUACCUGUGUGUGGGACACCUUCUUCACCUCCUGUCUUCUUGUCAUCCUCCCACCUGCUCGACUGUGACAGUGAGGCAUGUCAGACUCCAACAUCUAAACCUUCUGCAAAGCUGGUCCAUAAAAGAUUGUCUCGUUUCUGUGAAAUUAAAAUAUCUACAGUUUUUGAAAGAGUAAUACAAUAGUAAUCAGACAUGGCCCCGAAGAAACCCAGACCAGUCCCUCUGAACAUUACACCUACAGGGGAAGGACAGCAGUCCACCAACCCUGAUGCUGCUUCAGAAGCCAAUUUGGAAGCCUUGCAGAAGAAGCUCGGGGAGCUGGACCUGGAUGAGCAGCAAAGGAAGCGUCUGGAAGCCUUCCUCACCCAGAAGGCUCAGGUGGGUGAGCUGAAAGAUGACGACUUUGAGCCCAUCUGUGAGCUUGGUGCAGGGAACGGAGGAGUCGUCCAUAAAGUGCGCCACAAACCCUCCAGGCUGGUCAUGGCCAGAAAGCUUAUACAUUUGGAAAUCAAACCAGCCAUCAGGAACCAGAUUAUCCGCGAGCUGCAGGUGCUGCACGAGUGCAACUCGCCCUACAUAGUGGGCUUCUAUGGAGCGUUUUACAGUGAUGGAGAGAUCAGCAUCUGUAUGGAGCAUAUGGAUGGAGGUUCGCUGGAUCAGGUACUAAAAGAAGCUAGAAGAAUUCCAGAGGAAAUCCUGGGUAAAGUUAGUAUUGCGGUUCUUCGAGGACUUGCCUAUCUGCGAGAAAAGCACCAAAUCAUGCACCGAGACGUGAAGCCCUCCAACAUCCUGGUGAACUCGCGCGGUGAAAUCAAGCUGUGCGACUUUGGCGUGAGCGGCCAGCUCAUCGACUCCAUGGCCAAUUCCUUUGUGGGAACACGCUCAUACAUGUCGCCGGAGAGGCUCCAGGGCACUCACUAUUCAGUGCAGUCGGAUGUAUGGAGCAUGGGCCUGUCCCUGGUAGAGCUGGCCAUCGGCCGCUACCCCAUCCCCCCGCCCGACGCCAGGGAGUUGGAGGCCGUCUUUGGGCGACCCGUGCUAGAUGGACCAGGGACGGAGGGACACAGUAUGUCAACAAAAGCCAGACCUCCGGGACGCCCCAUUAGUGGACAUGGAAUGGACAGCAGGCCGGUCAUGGCUAUAUUUGAGCUACUGGACUACAUUGUCAACGAGCCCCCACCCAAGCUGCCACUUGGUGUAUUUACCUCAGACUUCCAGGACUUUGUGACAAAAUGCCUCAUCAAGAACCCCGCUGACCGAGCUGACCUAAAGAUGUUGAUGGGCCACACGUUUAUCAAGCGUGCAGAAGUGGACGAGGUGGACUUUGCUGGUUGGUUGUGCCGAACCAUGGGUCUGAAUCAGCCGAGCACUCCUACUCGCAGCUCGGAUUGAACUCGACGCUAACGCACAGUCCUCAUCAUCCUCACUGCUCUUUUCUUUUCUCCCCUCUGCUCUUUUUUUUCUCCCUAUGCUCUUCCCUGCACCUGGUCAGCCCUUUCGAGUUUCCUCGUUCCUCCUCACUCCUCGCUCUGUUCUUGCCGCGGGGCUUUUUUGCAGGUACUGGUUUAUGAGAGGUUUGUUCACAUUCACAGCAUAUCGAAGAUCCUUUUUCUGUUCUACUUGAUUUUUUUUUUUUUUUGUUAAACCAAAAAACCAAAGAGGGCUCCUGCAGAUGAUGAUGAUGAUGAUGAUGAUUUUCUGGUCAUUUUAUGAGCUGGAUAUGUCUGUGAACAUGAUUGAAUUCAUGAAGCUGAACCAUGACUCGUGCAUGCACGUUUCUAGGCAUGCAUCUGACACAACAUUUCAGACAUACAUGCACUAUAUGUGACUGUAAGAUUAGUAUCUUCUCCUUUUCGAACAUCCCAUUCUACAUUCGCUCGUAUAAAUAUGCUCCUCUCCAUUCUUGGUAGAUGUUACACAAGAUUUUGGAGUGUGCUUGUGGAGAUUUAUAGAUGUUUAUUCAACCACAAGAGCGUUCAUAAAGUCAGGUACUGAUGUAUUUGAGGUGAGGAGGCCUGGGGUGCAUCUUUAUUUAAUAAGGUUGAGAUCAGACCCCAAUAGCUGGUAAUUUUCCGCUCCAAGUCGUGUAAAUGCAAA